GUCUCUUUGGUAACGCGCACCUGCUACACCAGCACGCGGCGUGUCACUGUGACAGCUGGGACGGUAAACCCUGAAACUAUUACCACGCCACGCAAAGUUACUCUGUCGGGCUCGGCGAGUCACUGAGUUGAACCGAGCCUCUGAUCGCACAGCAAAGGCGUAAAAAGCCCGGAGGUGAUCAUGUCCACAAGAGAGGCGGAGAAAGCAGCUGAUGAGAGCGCCGAUGACGAGACGGACUGGCUUUAUGGAGAUGACAAUUUUGAUGAAGAAGAAACAACAGAUAAGGAAGUAUUCAGUGCUCUGAUCGGUGACGUGGAUGGCAUGAAUGGACUCAAUUACCAGGAAAGUGAAUCAGACAGCGAUGAUGAUGUCUGUGUGACCAUCGGUGACAUUAAAACAGGCGGAUCUCAGGGCUCGUCAUUUGGUUCCAGUUCCAUAAGUCUUAACAUAAAGACCUCUGUGUCCGGCUCCAAGUCCAGAGGGCUGGAUCUGGAUGCUGAAGGCAAUGUCCUGCAGGUGGAUGUGGAGUCCUUUGAGGAGAAGCCAUGGAGGAAGCCAGGUGCGGAUCUGUCUGACUACUUUAACUAUGGUUUUAAUGAGGACACCUGGAAGGCAUACUGCGACAAACAGAGACGACUACGCAUGAGCCUAGAGAUCCUGAGCCUGGGGUCGUCAAGCAAAAUAAUGGUUCAUCAGAAUUGUAGUGGUGAUUUAGACACUCAUCACUCAUCCAGGAAGUUGAGUGGUUCGAUCAAUGUUAUCGGAGGACAAGCAGGGACCAUCAGUCGAGUGGAAGGCAGAAGACGUCACAGCGCUGAUGAAAAUAACAUCCAGGUUGUGUCAGAGCAGUCCUCGGACACAGAGCUAUCUUCCCCAAAGCUGUUGCCCUUCUUUCCUCCCAAUAUCCCACCUCCACCUUUCCCUCCUCCCUCCAUCGGCACCACACCACCCCUCAUACCACCACCACCCGGUUUUCCAUUACCUCCCGGUGCCCCUCCUCCUAUGAUACCACCAUUAGAUAGUGGACAUUUGGCGGGAGUCUAUGAUCGACGCUCAGCUACAUCUUACCCCUUCCCUGCAGGCGUUUAUUCACCUGCUGUGGGCAUGGCUUCAUGGUCAGGUGCGAUAGACAGUGGCAAAGCGUGGGAAAACUACACUCGCCAUAACAAAGAAAGGGUGCGAGAGAAAACCAGAGAAAGAGGACACAAGAAAGAGAGAGAGCGGUGUAGAGAAACAGAUCGAGAACGCAGUCCAUCCUCACAAGAUCACAGAAGUGAGGAGGAGCGUGCGUCUCGACACAGGGAUCACGGUCAUUACGGAAGCGAGAGGUACCGGGAAAGUUCGGGAAGAGAAGGAAUGAGAGACAGACAUCGAGAAAGACGACAUAGAGACAGGAAUGAACAACACAGAUCCUCACGCAGUGGCAGCAGUAGGAGGCGUCAUGAUAGCGAUGACGCGGAUAGCCACAGGAGACACAGGCACAAACGCUCUAGACACAACCGAGGAAGCCUUGAGCCCAGCGAGGAGUGCAGUGUGGACCAGGAGAACCAGUCAGAGGCCACUGAAUAACUCCCUGGCCAGCUGGUGAGCCCGUUUGUUGACCAGUAGGAGGUCUUUAGUGAAAGAUCAUUAGUCUCGUCACCAGUCAGAGCACGAGUAAAUAACUGUGAAUAGAUUUUGAUUAAUCGUAUGCCAAACACUUGAAAAGCCAAUUUAUGUUACCGUUUUAGCAAUUUAACAUUUAAGUUUUUUGAAAAUCUGAUUGA